CGAUAACUCUACGCUCGGCCUCGGCUUCUAUCGACUCACUCCGGCUCCCCUCGCCGUCCUGGACCACGGCGGAGUGCGGAUCCAUCUUGGGCCCUGUGCACACCUCAGUCUUCCCAGCAGCCACACCAUGAACACCUCCCCAGGCACGGUGGGCAGUGACCCGGUAAUCUUGGCCACUGCGGGCUAUGACCACACUGUGCGGUUCUGGCAGGCCCACAGCGGGAUCUGUACCCGCACGGUGCAGCACCAGGACUCUCAGGUGAAUGCACUGGAGAUCACACCAGACCGCAGCAUGAUUGCUGCUGCAGGUUACCAGCACAUCCGUAUGUAUGAUCUCAACUCCAAUAACCCCAACCCCAUCAUCAGCUAUGACGGAGUCAACAAGAAUAUCGCCUCUGUGGGUUUCCAUGAGGACGGCCGCUGGAUGUACACGGGCGGAGAGGACUGCACAGCCAGGAUCUGGGACCUCAGGUCCCGGAACCUGCAGUGUCAGCGGAUCUUCCAGGUGAAUGCCCCCAUUAACUGUGUGUGCCUGCACCCCAACCAGGCAGAGCUCAUUGUGGGUGACCAGAGCGGUGCUAUCCACAUCUGGGACUUGAAAACAGACCACAACGAGCAGCUGAUCCCCGAGCCCGAGGUCUCCAUCACAUCUGCCCACAUCGACCCCGACGCCAGCUACAUGGCAGCAGUCAAUAGCACUGGAAACUGCUAUGUCUGGAAUCUGACGGGGGGCAUUGGCGACGAGGUGACACAGCUUAUCCCCAAGACCAAGAUCCCUGCCCACACACGCUAUGCCCUGCAGUGCCGCUUCAGCCCUGACUCCACGCUCCUUGCUACCUGCUCGGCUGACCAGACGUGUAAGAUCUGGAGGACGUCCAACUUCUCCCUGAUGACGGAGCUCAGCAUCAGGAGCAGCAACCCUGGGGAGUCGUCCCGUGGCUGGAUGUGGGGCUGCGCCUUCUCAGGGGACUCCCAGUACAUCGUCACCGCUUCCUCGGACAACCUGGCCCGGCUCUGGUGUGUGGAGACUGGAGAGAUCAAAAGGGAGUAUGGUGGCCACCAGAAAGCUGUUGUCUGCUUGGCCUUCAACGACAGCGUGCUGGGCUAGCCUGUGCCCCUAGGGAUUGCAAGCAGCCGUCAGGCAUUUGGGACUGCCCGGUGCAGGUGGCACCAGUUGAAUGUAUUUGUACAGCCCCCAGGUCCGAGUGAAACCCCAUGGGCUAGCCUCUACCAGCCCAGAUGAGCUGGCCCUGUCUGGACUACCCUGGCCCCCCUUGGCCAGCCUAUACCUGCCAGGCUGGCCCGCCUGGGGCUCCCUUGGCCCUGGUUGUGUGUCUGGAUGUGACAGGGCUCAGGAGGCCUGCCCAAGCCAGGCUGCAUGUCACUUGGCUGGGAUAGCCUGCACUCCCUUCAAGAAGUUGGGACCCCCAGGGUCUGGAGAGGGAGUUGAGGCUGGUGCCCACCCCCAUGCCAGUGCUCCGCCCUGCCCCCGCCCAUUUCAGGCCCUGAGGCCACAGAGCACGCCAGACUGCUAGGUGGAAGGGUUUAUUAGUUCCUGCUGCAGCUGCCCUCCGUGGUGCUGGCAACCUGGGGAAAGGGUGGGCCUGUGGGGACCAAGGCCGGGCUGAGCCAGGCCAGAGGGCUUAGUCUGGGAGGUAAUAAAAGCAGACUGACACACA